AUGCCGUUUGACUCUGAGCGCAGUCGAUCAGAAGUACCAUCCUCCUCAACCAACCGCACGCUUCCGGGUAGUCGGCGUUUACGUCGUCGGCCUGGUAACUUUUCCUUGAGGGUUUCCAUCCAAGGCAUUGCCCUCGAUGCAGCGAGCUCUGCAGGAGACAGUGGCAUCAACGACUCCGAGUCGAUCGCAACCACCGGCACCGUCAUCAGACUUCCUGACCUAGAGUGCUAUCUGGGUCAAGGUUCAAUGUCGAUUGAGUGUGAGGUAGAUGGCCAUUUCGUCAUUACGCCUUUGCGUCCGACUCGUACCAACAACACUAGCGCGACCUCAUCGGAUGCAGGCUCUCUGGUACCCUCCUUGAUCAGUCGUCCUACCCAUUACCCCUCCAACAGAUCAACCAUGUCACCUCGAGAGUCUAUGCGAGGCCGUCCGCGCUUUGCGAACAGUCCGACGCUUGGCUGGGAACCAUCCCGCCGACGAUUUGGGUUCCACAGCGAGCCGUCCCCGGCAUCUCUUCGCUGGCGACGGAUGGAGAUGUUUCAUCGGGACAGGGUGAAUGUAGCUGCAGUCCCCUCGAUGCAGGUGUACCCAGAGAUCAGCAGUGUAUCCAACAGUUCCCAGCGACUCUCCGUGUCCCCGAUAACUCCUCCGCCACAGUACCCAGGGCUGGUGCACAUUGCCGGGACUGAAAGCUGGACCUCUAGCCCGGAAGAGCAGCAGGCCCUGGAGGCUACUGCAGAUGACGUUAUCGGUAUGUGGAAUUCUCGCGGUUGA